AUGCGCAUGCGCAAGGAAGGGUCGCCUCUCCAUGUCUUUUGCGGUCGCCAGCAGCGCUUUGGCAGUCGAUGCUGGGGAGAGUGGAUCCGAAAAUGGCUUCAAUAG